AUGAACUCCCACAACAGCCUCAGCGCCGCCGCAGACGAGCGCAAGGCGCGUCUCGCAAAGCUCAAGACCCUCAAGCGGAAACAGCCCGUCGACGAGGUCGCCACGCCAGAAGGCGACAGAGACGCAUCGCCAGCAGCAAACGACCCUGCGACGCUGCACCUGUCCGGCCGCAACUAUGACCCCGAGACGAGAGGACCCAAGCUCGGCUUCGACGCGCCGCCGACGCUCGCCAUGGACAAGCCCACGCUGGAGGAGCAGGCCGCAGAGGUCGAAGCAGAGAUCAGGGAAAAGGCGGCCGAGGAGGCGCGGGACGACAAGGGCCUGGAUCUCUUCAAGCUGCAGCCCAAGAAGCCGAACUGGGAUCUGAAGCGGAAUCUCGAGAAGAAGAUGGAACUGCUCAACGUGCGGACGGAUAAUGCCAUUGCGAAGCUGGUGAGGGACCGGGUGCAGAAUGCGCAAAAGGCUGCCCAGAAGAAGACGGACGUCGACAAUGACAACCUCGAUGGAGAUGCUGCUGGUGUGGAUGGUGUCGCGCUUGUGGAGGGGCUCAGGGUUCGCGAAGAAGAGGAAAGGGAGGAAGAGGAGAGAGAGCGCAAGGAAGAGGAGGCAUUGGGUCUGUGA